GCAAAAAUAAUACAUUACUGCAAUUUGUACCUGUGGAACAUGGCUUGGCAAUUAACGAUACUUUUUUUAGACGGCCGGGAUCGAUGGGACCUCUGUUGAUGCAGACGGAUUUAUAUGUGCCUAACUUCAGUAAACUUAACGAAUUUUCAUCCGCCUCAUCUCUCAUGCAAGACAAUCACCAAUGGCAACAACUGAGGGCUAUUAAAGAGGUAACUGAUCGUCAACUUUAUAAUAAGGUAUUGGACCAACAUCAGCAAUACUGCUCAAAGGUGCUAGCUCCUCCUAGUGCUAGUAUGAAGACGAAAAUUCAUCAGCAUUUGCGUACGCAUCAGCUGAUCUAUCGGAAAAAACAGAACAGUUAUCGCAUAUCCCUUUCUGCCAAUGGUGUCCGCACCCAACAUCUUGACAACAUUAAUCCAAGUAAAAUUAAUAGCGAUUGGCUUUCUCCAAUGAAUGAACGUGGCACAAAAAUUACCUCUUUGAUAGGUAAAGCAUUUACUAGAGAUGAAAUUCUUCAAAAAGUUAAAGAGUUCUGUUUUAAGAGCAUCAAGCGAACCCAUAUUUCAGAGAUCAAAAUACAGAAUCUUCCGAAAAAAAUGCAGCAAACGAUCCAUAUUCUCUAAAAGAAUCUUAAUUUAAAGUAAUUGCUAGUUUUAAUAGUGGAAAUAAUUAUUUUUAUUAUUACUUAUAAUUAACUUAUUCAUUAGGUAGUGACGUCGAUUAUUUACAUGGAAUGACGUUAAUAAUUAUUAAUUUUACAGAAACAAAUUAAACAAGGGUUUUUUUGUGACGGAGGAUAUUGUUGUUUAACAUAUGAAUUUUGAUUUAUUGGUUGCGAAUGAUUCUGUGGCGAGUUAUGCCUGACACCGCAAAUAAACUAUAUUCGAGGCGCCUUCGAAGAUUCUCUGUAACUCUCUUAACAAAUUUUCUGUAUUUGUGCUGACAAUACUAAAACAAUCCAUAAAGAAAAGUUUUAAAUAAAAUGAAUAUAUUCAUAUCAUA